GUUGUGUUCAUUUUGCGUAAUCAAUGGAUCUGUGUACGAGCAACGGCGCUGAAACGAAAUAGGCUUCAACGUUUUUAGCCGCUAACAAGCCUCAGUUGGGUGGAAUAUUGCUCCACACAGCAUUAAUACGCGUCGCUCAGCUGUCGGCUCCAUUUGGCCGACGCAACACGGCGCUUGGUUUCCCGGGUCGUUGCUCGCGGUGCAGCGCUUCAUGUGAGCGGUGUCGGCGCCGAAGGCGCUGCCGUGUUGACGUAGAGCGUUCGGCGUGAAUCAGCUGAAAUGUCGGACAUCAAGGCGCUGGAGCACCCGACUCUCAAGGUGCCGUACGAGAUCCUGAACAAGAAGUUUCGCGCGGCCCAAAAGAUCAUGGAUCGAGAAGUGUCGCACGUGCAGAGCGGGGCGGCCGAGCUGGAGAAAAGCCUACGAGAGAAGGCGCCCGCUGGUCAGCUGCGCAGUCAACUCGGCAGCUUGCUGGAGAAGCUGGAGUUGUUGCGGCGCAAGAGCGCAGAGAGCAUCGCAGAGGAGUUGGAAGCCGCGGCGGCGUGCAAGCGACGUGUCGAACAUCUCAAGGGCUUCGAGGCAGGCGGCGAGCAGUGGAAGCGACAGCGUCUCGACCGCAUGCUCGUGGAGCACUUGCUCCGCGCCGGUUAUUACGGCACGGCAGCCAAACUUGCUGAGCGCAGUGGACUGCGCGAUCAGACAAAUAUGGACCUGUUCCUCGUCUCCAAGGAAGUCGAGGAUUCGCUCGCAAGCCGCGACACUAGCAAGUGCCUCGCGUGGUGUCACGACAACAAGUCGAAGCUGCGCAAGUUGCGCAGCACACUCGAGUUCCAGUUGCGGCAGCAGGAGUUCGUCGAGCUCGUGCGUCGAGACCGACGCCUCGAGGCCGUGCGGCACGCCCGGCGUCAUUUCGGCGCGCUCGAAGACGAGGCCCAACUGGCCGAGGUGCAGCGUGUGAUGAGCCUGUUGGCGCUGCCCGGUGCGCGUCCACCGAACGGCCGCUGGGAACUGUUGGGCGACAGCCGCUGGGAGCUGCUGGCCGACAGUCGUUGGGACCUACUCGUGCAGCAAUUCCGUCAGGAGCAGCUGCGCCUAUAUCAGCUGAGCAGCUGUUCGGUGCUGACCGUGACCCUGCAGGCCGGCCUUUCGGCGCUCAAGACGCCGCAGUGCUACGACGAGAACCAGCGCAACCCGGACUGCCCAGUGUGUAGCCGCGCGCUCAAUUGUCUUGCGCGGGGCCUGCCGUACGCGCAUUGUUCGCAGUCGCGCCUCGUCUGUCGCAUCUCUGGCCAGCCGCUCAACGAGCACAACCAACCGCUGGUGCUGCCCAACGGCUUCGUGUACGGCGAGCAGGCGCUGCGUGCGGUCGCCCGUCGCGGACGUGUCACCUGUCCGCGAUCUCGCGACUCCUUCGAUUUGCGGGAAGCCGAGAAGGUCUACGUCAUGUGAGGAGCCCGCCACAUAAAGCAGUGGAUGCUUUGAGCAUCGCUGCACUUAAGUCCACAUUCAGGACAGCGUAAAUCCUGUUUGUACCUUAAACAAACCUGUUGUCAUCGACGACUAUGCAUAUACACACACGUAAAAUUAUUUAACAAAGUGUGUGCAAGUGCCUACUGUGUGUCAAGAUGGUCACUUGCCAUCACAAAAUAUGGGUUGUGUUUGAUGUAUACACAUAUAGCUUAAUUGGUGACGUGGUACGUGUAGGCAUUUCUUUAUAUUGUGCAGUGGCUGUGGACAGACUUCAGCGGCGAAUAAUUCUUGAUUUAAGUAUGCAGGUAUGUUUUUUAUGGAGCUAGAACUAGGCAAAGCAUAUUCUGGUUUAAAAAUGGCCUUAAGAGCAUAAUUUCAGACUUCUCCAAGCUGCUUUGUGUGGUCCAUUUGGUCAUGCUCCGUAUUGUAGCAUCUACAUCGAUGUUUAUAUUAUUAAACAUACGCUAUUGCUGCUAUGUAUUGUAGAUGCGAUCGCUAAAAAGCCACAGAAGUUGAAGAACCAUGAAGUUAAAAUGAGUGCUUAAACAGCAGCACAAAUUUACGGGGCAGGGACAAGCAGAAUCGCACAACACAGGUGCUGAAACAACAUAUCAGCGUCUAAUUUGUGUGUGAUUUCUGUCUUGUAAAUUUACGUGGCUGUUUUAUUGAUCGUGAGCAACUGACUAGCCCACCCCUACCUCCUAAGUAGAAUAAGUGAUGUUAUAUUGGUAGCUAACAGUUCCGAAAUAGUGGACCAGUCGCUUAUUCUGCUGGUAGCUACCUAAAUAAAAUGAAAUUUUGCAGGGAGUGAUUACUUGCAAUAUCUAAUGAAA